UUGAAGUGGUGCGGUGUGGUACUGUGAUUUUAUAUAUAUGGCAUAAGCAAAGAAUUAGCUUUUCUUUUUUUUUUUGGCUGUUGUUUUCACUUGCCAUCUCGUUUGUUUUCUUGUGUUAUGUUAGCUUGUUGGCACUAUACACACAAAGCUUCUUUCACCUUGGUCUUCUUGACUUCUUCUCUCAUUCUUCUUCAGUUCAUACUACUGUUCAUUUCCUAAACUAAGUUUCGUAUCUGAUCCUUUCGCUGCCGUUGGAGGAAGUUGUAGAGACUCAUGAAGACGCUAGUAAGAACCAGUAGAGUGGAGAUUUCGUGUAAGCAGUGAUCUUGUUGAAGUCAUGUUUGAUAUCCAAGGAAUCUGAAGCGCUUUGGAUACUCUGCUUCUAAGUUGAGUUUUGAAGUGGAGUCUCCAGUUCUGUUGGUUAGCUGCCAGUUUUUGUUGUUGGUAUCGGAUUUAUGGUCCAGUCGCUAACAUUUGUUUCGUCAAAUUCAGAUUUAUGGUGGUUUUGCUUUUGCUUCUAGCAUUCAAUGGGGCUGCGGAACAGAAUGUGAAAGAAAGUGAUGGACAUUGUAAAUAUGCUAGGUCUUUGGAACCCAGACCACACAGUGUAUCUAUUUUAGAAUUUGGUGCAGUGGGUGAUGGCAAAACACUAAACACUGUUGCUUUCCAAAAUGCAAUCUUUUAUCUCAAGUCUUUUGCCGAUAAGGGUGGUGCUCAGCUGUAUGUUCCAUCGGGCAAGUGGCUUACUGGCAGCUUUAACCUUACUAGCUGCCUUACACUCUUCCUCGAAAGAGGUGCUGUUAUUCUUGGAUCCGAGGAUUACUCGCACUGGGAAGUAGUUGAACCUCUCCCAUCAUAUGGUCGAGGAAUUGAUCUGCCAGGUGGAAGAUACCGUAGCUUGAUCAAUGGAAACAAUUUAAUUGACGUGGUGAUAACAGGUGAUAAUGGAACUAUUGAUGGGCAGGGCUCUGUCUGGUGGGAGCUGUUCAAUUCCGGUGAAUUAAAACACAGCCGGCCGCAUCUUGUGGAAUUUAUAGGUUCUAAGGAUGUCACUGUUUCAAACUUAACUUUCUUGAACUCCCCUGCCUGGAACAUUCAUCCCGUAUAUUGCAGUAAUGUGCAAGUUCAAAACAUAACAGCUUAUGCCCCACCAGACUCCCCUUACACUUGUGGUGUAGUUCCAGAUUCGUCUGAGUAUGUUUGCAUUGAGAAGAGCAACAUUAGCAUGAGUUAUGAUGCAAUAGCUCUGAAAAGUGGUUGGGAUGAGUAUGGAAUUUCCUAUGGCAAAGCUACCACAAAAGUCCACAUCAGGGAAGUUCAGCUUCAGUCUUCUUCAGGUUCUUCCUUAGCAUUUGGCAGUCAGAUGUCCGGUGGCAUCUCUGACAUACUCGCGGAGAACAUUCACUCACGUAACUCAGUUGUUGGCAUCAAUCUCAAGACAACUAGAGGCAGAGGUGGUUACAUGAAAGACAUUACUGUCUCCAAUGUCGAAAUGGAGAGUGUCCAUAUGGCACUUCGUUUUACAAGUGACUUCGGCUUGCAUCCAGAUGACAAAUUUGAUCCAAAAGCACUGCCAGUUGUUACUAGGAUCACAUUUAAGAAUAUGGUUGGCGCGAAUAUAGAUGUUGCUGGGAAUUUUUCGGGUAUAGAUGAAUCUCAUCUCACAUCAAUCUGUCUCUCAAAUAUUACUCUUUCUAUCACUUCCAAAUCUUCUGCCUCCUGGUAUUGUUCCAAUGUGAUAGUUUCCUCAGAGGCAGUGUCUCCUGAACCAUGUUCCAAUCUUCAUACUUCUUUUUCAAAUUCAUCCUCCGAUUGCUUCGUUCAAUUAUACCCAUUUACUCAUGGUACAUCUUUAUGAGAUCGCAAUUAUUUCAUUCCUUUGUACAUGGGAGAGUUAAAAGUUUUUCUUUAGUUACUCCAAUU